GGCCGCAACCUCGCGAGUCGCGAAGCGCACGCACACAGAAACAGAACUACGAGCUCCUCGCCCUCGCCUCCUCACUCCACUCCGAUUCCCCCUCCGCCGCCGCCUCCGCUCGAUCUCCGGCCUCCGGGGCUCCAGCCCCAAGCUCCCGGCAUUCUCCGCGAGGAAUUGCUAUGGAAUGCUUGACUGCGAGUUUCGCCGCAAGGAAUGCGUGUAUGGAGUAUAAAUUCGUAUGCCCGAGUAAGCCUGCGUGCGAGAAGCAAUGGAUUCCUGGAAGGGUUCUCUGCUAUUUUACAGCUUACACAAACUCUAGCAGACGCUGCAAGGUUGCCACUGGGGUGUGUCCCGUCAGCCCAGUUGUUGGCAGGCGUUCACGCUGGAGAUCUUUCGCAGCAAGUUUGAAUUUAGAAAAUGGGCCUGCACCAUCGAGUUCGACAUCGUCUUCAUCAGGGCAGGCUAGUGAGCAGCUGACCUCAGCCGAGUUGAAAUCUCUUUUGGCUGAUAAAGAACGAAGUAAGCUUUUGAGAAAGCUAAGUGAAGCAAACCAGCUGAACCGGUUUCUCAAGAGACAGUCGCAAAUAAAGGAUGAUGCAAUUGUAAAGUUCAGAAGUGAACUUGCUGUUUUGGAACUUGAACUGCAGGCUUUGGUUGGCCUAGCUGAAGAGAUUGCUAAUUUUGAUGUUCCAUCAGGGUCGAGGAAGGUAAAUGGAAAAUAUAUUCAGUCUCAUCUUCUCUCCAGAUUAGAAGCUGUCCAUGACAAGGUUAUGGUACAGAUAAAGGACAUUGAGUCUUUAAGACCUCGAGAAGUCGCUGUCCAUUGGGUUGGCAUGGCUGAGAACGUGCAAAUUAUGGGCUCCUUUGAUGGCUGGUCACAUGGUGAGGCAAUGUCGAGGGAAUAUUCAGGGGAUUAUGCGAGAUUCUCUGCGACUCUGAGGCUUAGACCUGGGAGCUACGAAAUCAAGUUCUUGGUGGACGGGGAGUGGAAACUGUCAUCAGAAUACCCGAUUACCGGCGAGGGAUUGACACAGAACAAUAAACUUGCCGUGGAAUAGCAGGUUUUUGCUGCCCCUUAGAACUGUAUUAGGGCUGUACCAGAUUACUACCAUGGGUGUCCUGCAGCGAAAUCCGUGUUGUAUGAAAUGCAAAGCCCCAUUUGCUUGAUUGGGUCUGCAUGCUGUCUUUGUAAUUUUGCCUCUUAACUGAUCUACUGAAGCCACUUAGGAAAGGAUCCUUCUUCCAUGAAUCCAUGUGCUAGGAGCUGAUCAAACUAGUUUGAAACUGUUACUGCAUGUAAAAUACUCUUCAAGUAAUAAAAUCCCACCCCUUCUAUCAUUA